AUGAACAUCCUACAGCGACCGUUUUCCUCUCUGUCAGCGCUGGAAGGCCCGAGUUCUUACCGCAACCACUAUUCUUCUUCCUGCUGCGACCGGCAUCAGCACCAGCGCCAGCGCCAGCGCCAGCAGCACCAGCCACUACCAUCACCGCCCGCCACCUCCCCGGGAGGAGACCCUCGUGUUCGGCCGACGGGAUUGCCCAAUUGCUCGUCCGGCCGUCGAGGCGGCCAAUUCGAUACCGUGUCACAAACGGCUUCGCACGCAGACAGCCACACUGCGAACCCGCAAUCGUCCGCCCUAGAUGCCCACUCGAAUGCCCCGAUCCAUUCGCCUUCUCAGCAGCCCGAGUAUCCCACCGUUACCGCCCCAGAGCCUGCGGUGAUCGCCUCCCCGACACGACAAUCAACCGGCGGCCGAAGGAAUUUACUGGCGACGAGACCCCCCGGCCCCUACAAUCAUCCCUUACAAACCCCAUUCCGCAACCGCGCCGCCGCCACAGCCGUUCCCCUGUACCGCCUCCCGCGCCGCUUCGCCCCUGGCCGUCUUUGGAAUCCUACCAAUUCCACCCCGAGAGCCGUGCCGUCUCAAACAUCCCAGCCCGCGCGGUCAUCGCGGCGUAAACGUCGUCCUUCCACCCCGCCGCCACCUUCCGUGCCUGUCAGCCAUCCUACCAUUGAAAUUUCUUCAGACCCAGCAGAACCAAUCGGCUUCGGAGCAGGCGACUUCCCGCUCCUCCCGCUGCCGGAAUCGAAACGUGCGAGUCUACAUAUCGAAGGGAGGGCGAGUGGGGACAAGCGGAUCAGCCUCCCCGCUUCACUUCGACAUUCCUACGACGGCAAGCGUGCUUCGACCCCGCUACCACCUCCGGGAGAGUCUGAGGCUGGUCCGUCGGAGCCUAGAGCGAAGCCUAGAGUUUACGGUCUGAGGAAGCGCGGCCAAAGCGUUACAAAGCGGGCCCGGGCAGUCAGUUUCGGCCUCGUCCAACCGGAUACCUCUGAAGGCUCCCCUAAGAGGGUUGACAAAGGAAAGGGCAAGGCCGUUAUGCCGCAGACGACGAGUGAAGACCCGGCGGGGCCAUUUUCCAAGGACCUCGAGAGGGGACCCUCCGUGCUAAGCCGUCGGCAUAAUGGGUCCAACGCAUCACUUCCGGGCGGCAUUGGUUCCGCUAUAUCCUCGAGCAACUCCUCCAUCAUGGGCGACCCUGACCAGCCAGAUCUGGGCGAGGAAUGGGGUCCGCAACACCCGUGCUAUCCGCACCUUAACCCUCAUGUGCCUAUCAAUUCCCCAGAGUAUUCGAGCACGCGUAUAAUACGUAUCCGAAGAGAUUGGUUACUACAGGGAGACUUGGCGCCUACUUUUUCCAACCUAUACCCUGAGAUCCUGGACCCAGCUGGUGUAUCGGAACAAGAGUUCCGCCGAGUCAUCGAGAAGCUCAACGGAGAACUUAUCCCCAUCUUCAACCCCUACAAUUGGCGGAACAUCCUAGAUGGUGUUCUCGGCCUCCUGACCGGCUGGAUAUGGGACGACCUAGGCUUCACAUAUGCCAAAACGAGGCUACGCAACUUAGAGAAUUGGAUCGAGAAAUGGAACGCUGAGAUGGAAAAGGCGACAGGUUCGGAUGAGGGCGUCAUCCCUCCCCGAAUUGUUCCAUUGAGACGUACGGGUUACAUGAAUCUCGAUUUUCAAAUCCCGGAUCCGGAAAUAGCGCCUGCUACUAGCGAACCAUCGGGCUCGAGGAUGGGCCCAACUACGCCGACGGAGCCUAACCCGGCAGUAUCGCCCGAAUCGCCCAUUAGGGCAUAACUGCCAUCACUCAUUCCUUCCUUGUUGUAUAAACCAUUCAUCUUAUUCACUUCAUACGUCUUUUUAAUCGGACUCGACCGUCGUCCUAGGCUGUACGAAUAACGAAGAUACCCAAGCAUCACUAUUAUUCUCACCCUUACCUUAAUUCUACGUUCAUUGGUAGAGCAGCGCCUCUGCCCUUCACUUUAUCUCACGGACGGGGUUUCUACUAGAUUCAGCACCUUUAUAUGGCGGUGUAGCAUGGCGCGGCGUUCCGGGUGUACCUAUACGGUUGAAUUCCCCCAGGGGCUCUCGAACGACUUGAGAAGAAGAAAAGAACACUAAGCCAACGUACUAAAAACCCUCAAGGGAGACUCGGGGAUAAGAGAAGCCGAACAUAUCGUGUAAUACUGCCGCCUAUAAGAAGCAGCAAUGAGACAUGUCACCUGCGACGGCACUCUAGGGGGAACAGCAGUGAUCGUAAGAUAGAAGGAAACUGUGUUCAGUUGCCAAUAAUUUUGCCCUGUUCUUUUAUUUCUUAGGAACC